UAGUUCUCUUGGAGACAUUAAAAUAGCUGAAGUGAAUGUCAAGGGCUUGUACAUAAAGCUCAUUAACUCUUCCCUUGACAAAGAAAUGGAGAUUGGAAAUCAUAUUCUCCAGCAAAAUGUGAAAGGACAAACAGUUGCAUUGUAUCGAUUCCUUCCAGAUAUCAUAAUGCAGGCCAACUCCACAGUAACCGUAUGGUCAGCAGCAUCUGAAGCAAAGCAUCAGCCACCAUCAGAUUUUCUCUGGAAGGAACAAAACAGGUUUAGAACAAGUCCAGAUUGUACAACAAUCCUGUGCAAGCCUAAUGGUGAAGCUGUUGCCUGGUACACUCCUAUUCACUGGAAGCAAGCAUGGGAGAAAUUAGAGACUGACAUAGAAUUUGACAGAUCCUCAGUAGUAACUCCAACAUUCCAAAGGCACAUGUUUCAGAGGACAACAUCUGCAACUUCAAUAACUAAAGAAAAGCAAGAUCAACCUAAGAAAGAUACCUCAAAAUUUCAGAUGGAGCAACCUAAAGUCUUUCUCACGAGAGAAAAGGAAAUCCCACCAACCCUUUUCCCCAUUCAUAGCCCCUGGUGCCAGAGUCCUUGUGUCCCUGCACAUCCCUACUGUUCUCUGAUUGAACCAUACAACACAUGCCUCGCUGAGCAGCUGGGUGGACAGCCCAGGUCUCAGUCAUCCAGGCCUGUUCUGGCCCCAGGGACCAAGAAAAAGAGGACAUCUAAGUCACAAAAGAAAUAGGCAGUCAACUCUACCUUUAAAAGACAAUAAUAUCCAAGUCUAGAGAACACGAAGACACCCAGCAUGUUGCAGUCAACCGUCACAUAGGAGAGGAAGCCAGCAGC